CGAGCCCGGCGCUGUCCUCCGCGCUGUCCCCGCGCGUCCCGCCGCGUCCCAGUGCCGCCGCCCCGGUCCCGCCAUGCUCCUGCUGCUCGGGCUGUGCUUGGCGCUGCCCCUCUGCGCGGGGUCGCUGGAAGAGGCGGGGACCUGGGGGGACACUUCGGAGCAAGUUGGCCUCCGGGUCCCAAGGCAAGUCAGGCUGUUGCAAAGGCUGAAAACCAAACCCUUGAUGACGGAAUUCUCGGUGAAAUCUACUAUCAUCUCCCGUUACGCCUUCACCACGGUUUCCUGCAGGAUGCUCAACAGAGCGUCCAAGGACCAGGAAGUCACCUUCCAGAUGCAGAUUCCAGCCGCAGCCUUCAUCACUAACUUCACGAUGCUUAUUGGAAACCAGGUGUAUCAGGGAGAAAUUACGGAGAGAGACGAGAAACCUGGCGGUCAGGUAAAAGAGAAGAGGAAUAAAACCACGGAAGAUAUCGGGGAGAAGGGGACCGAGAUGUUCAGAGCCUCCGUGGUGCUCCCCAGCAAAGACAAGGCUGCCUUCUUCCUGAGUUACGAGGAGCUCCUGCAGCGGCGGCUCGGGAAGUACGAGCACGUGGUCAGCGUGCGGCCCCAGCAGCUGGUGGGGCGGCUGACCGUGGAGGUGAACGUUCUGGAAAGGUCAGGCAUCGCGGAGCUGGAGGUGCUGCGGCUGCAGAACAGCCGGCGCAAAGGCAGCGGGAGCGGAGGAGAUGAUUCUGGGCCACCUCCUUCUACAGUUAUCCACCACAACGAAACUUUUGCCCACGUCGUGUUUAAGCCCAGUGUGGUCCAGCAAGCCAAGAUUGCCCAGAAUGGCAUUUUGGGAGAUUUCAUCGUUAGAUACGACGUCAAUAGGGAACAGAGCAUUGGGGACAUCCAGGUUCUAAACGGCUAUUUUGUGCAUUACUUCGCCCCCAGACACCUUCCUCCUCUACCCAAGAAUGUGGUGUUUGUGCUUGACAGCAGUGCCUCCAUGGUGGGAGCCAAACUCCGGCAGACCAAGGAUGCCCUCUUCACGAUCCUGCAUGACCUCAGACCCCAGGAUCAUUUCAAUAUCAUUGGAUUUUCCAACCGGAUCAAAGUGUGGAAGGACCACUUGGUGUCUGUCACUCCCAACAACGUCAGAGACGGCAAGGUCUACAUUCACCACAUGUCACCUUCUGGAGGCACGGACAUCAACGGGGCCCUACAGACGGGCAUCGCGCUGCUCCACGACUCCGUGGCGCGCCACGACCUCGAGGACCGCAGCGUGUCCCUGAUCGUCUUCCUGACGGACGGGAAGCCCACCGUGGGCGAGACCCACACCCUCAAGAUCCUGAACAACACCCGAGAGGCCGCCAGGGGCCGCGUCUGCAUCUUCACCGUGGGCAUCGGCGACGACGUGGACUUCAGGCUGCUGGAGAAGCUGUCCCUGGAGAACUGCGGCUUCACGCGGCGCGUCCACGAGGACGAGGAUGCCGGCGCCCAGCUCAUCGGGUUCUACGACGAGAUCAGGACCCCUCUCCUCUCGGACAUCCGCGUGGAUUAUCCGCCCAACGCGGUGGAGCAGGUCACCAGGACACUGUUCCCCAAUUACUUCAACGGCUCAGAAAUCAUUGUGGCGGGAAAGCUGGCGGACAGGGCGAAGGACCGCUUGCACGUGGAGGUCACGGCCAGCAACAGUAAGAAGUUUGUCGUCCUCAAGAAGGACGUGCCCGUGGAGCCCCGGUGGGGGGGGAGUGGUGGCCCCGGGGACCCCGGGCCCCAAGGCGGCGGCCAGGAGGACCCCAACCCCCUGGAGCGCCUCUGGAGCUACCUGACGCUGAAGGAGCUGCAGAGCUCCUGGCUGCAGAGUGACCAGGAGCAGGAGAGGGACCGGCUGAGACGGAAGGCACAGGCACUGGCGGUGGCCCGGCGCUUCCUCACGCCGUUCACCUCCAUGAAGCUGAGGCCGGCACCACAGACACACACCCCGGAGGCCACCUACGGCCUGGCCGGCAUGUCCGCGGCCACGGGGCCCGAAACGGUGAUGCAGAGCCUGUGGGGCACCCACCUGCAGCCAGGACCUGCUCUCAAGAAACCAUAUGACCCAAGAAUUAAAAUCUCCAAAACAUCAGCCGAUGGAGACCCUCACUUUGUCGUGGAUUUCCCCCGGAGCAGGCUCACCGUCUGCUUCAACAUCGACGGGCAGCCGGGGGACAUCCUCAGGCUGGUCUCCGACCACGCGGACUCCGGUGUGACAGUGAACGGAGAGCUAAUCGGAGCCCCCGCGCCCCCCCACGGCCACAAGAAGCAGCGCACUUACUUCCACGCCAUCACCAUCCUGGUCAACAAGCCCCAGAGGUCUUACCUGGAGAUCACGCCCAGCCGAGUCAUCGUGGACGGUGGGGACAGGCAGGUCCUCCCCUGCAACCAGAGCACCGUGGUGGGGAGUCGGGGGCUGGAGGUGUCCGUGUCCGCGAACGCCAACGUCACCGUCACCGUCCAGGGCACCGUGGCCUUCGUCAUCCUCAUCCACCUCUACAAAAAGCCAGCCCCCUACCAGCGCAACCACCUCGGCUUCUACAUCGCCAACGGCCAGGGCCUCUCCGGCAACUGCCACGGCCUGUUAGGUCAGUUUCUGAACCAGGAGGCCCGUCUCACCGAGGAGGCUGCCGGGCUCAGCAAGAACCCUACCAAUCCUCCAGUCCCCGAGGCGGGCGGGAGGUCCAAGGCCAUCCUCAAGGUGAAGGGACACCAGGUCCCAGUGGUGUGGAAGCAGAGGAAAAUCUACAACGGGGAAGAGCAGGUGGACUGCUGGUUUGCCGGGAACAACGCCGCCAACCUGAUCGACGGGGAGUACAAGGACUACCUGGCGGCGCAUCCCUUUGACUCAGAGACCACCUUCGGCCCGGGCGCACCCCGGGGACUCUGACACCAGCCGCCUUAACGCUAGGGUGCAUGGCAGGGAAGCGUCUCCGGGGACCCCGUGGUGUGGUUCUUGGCACUUGCCCGUGCCUGGUCUCCUGGCCGGUGGCCCCCACCCACGUCCCACCCCGGUGGGUGAGGAGGUCCGCCAGCUGCCUGAGCAAAGGGUGGGGUGGGGACAUGAAUGCGAGAAUGGGGCUUCCUGCUCCUCUCCCGCCCCCAUCUCCAGUAGAGACAGAUGAUGGCACCGAAGCACAGUUAACAGCAAGAAGCCUCCACCUGGUGCCAACCGGCGUGUCGGUCUCGCAGCCCACCCUGAGCUGACUCUGGAAGGAAGGUGGCCGGAAGGUGUGUCUUCUCUGCGGAAGUGGCCGAGUUUGGGCAGCCUGCUCUUUGCCUUACACUGAUGCUUAGGAAUCUCCCGUCUUGCACUGCUGCCUUCUCUCCGGGUGUGUGGCCAACCUCAGGGGAGCCUCUCCCGUCCAGGACGUGGGUCAGGCAAAUAGCACACAGAUUUAAUCAUUGUACACGAUUCGGUCUUUUAGGAGGGGGUUUUCUUCUGCUGUCAUCUCUUGCCCUUUGAACAUUUGUUUUCAUUUUAAAAAAAAAUGGAUUCAAAUAGAAACGUUGCAGCCCAGA